AUGGAAAUCAAGGUCGACAAAGAUGGAAUCUUCGUGAAUCAGCCUCGGUACACGGAGAAGAUCUUGAGGAGGAUGAAACUCGAACAGUGCAACCCAGCAUCCACACCAAUUGAGCAAGGAAUGAUCACCAAGAAAACAGAUUUCAAGAACGACGAGGCACUACCGGCGAAGAACAACUAUCGCGAGGUGAUAGGGAGUUUGUUGUACCUCGCUACAAUAUCUCGACCAGACAUCAGUUUCGCCGUGAACUACCUCAGUCGAUUCUGCAACAAUCCCAUGAAAAGCCAUCAGGCGAUGGUGAAACAUGUAUUCCAGUACUUGAGAGGGACAGUGACAGCAGGAAUCUACUUCGGAGGAGGCAAAGAACUCGUAGCAUACACCGAUUCAGACUUCGGAGGAGACCCUGAGACAUGA